ACCUCCACUACCUUGAAAUCCUCAAAAGAAACCCAUCUGCUGAAAAGAUCCGCAUGAUUAUUCUCUUUCUUUUUUACUGUGGUUUGAUGCAGUGCGGUGUCUGUGUUUUUACCCUGUGAACUUUUCUUGUGAAAGUCUCUUACCUUUAUUCGGCAUUGCACAUUUGCACCGACACAUCUAUUUCCGGCAAGUAUUCUUACUUCUUCAGUUCCAUUUCUUGUCCUGCCAUGAAAUGUGGCUUCUUCAAGAGAUAUAAGACAAAGGGGUUUUGUAAAUUUUCGAAAUUUAGAUCGAUGGGUCGGUGGGAUAUGGUUCACUAGUGCUAUUCGUGAGUGUAUCGUAUCAGAAGAAAUUUAAGUUUAUUUUGCAUUUUUUGGUGAGAAAUGAGUGAUAGAGGAGGAAUGGCUGCUUCAUCCUUAGCUGUAACAGAGAGGAAACCUCAGAGGACCGGCGGCUAUACCGGAAUUUUCUUUCAGUUGUUCGAUUGGAACCGUAGAUUCGCCAAGAAAAAGCUGUUUUCCAAGAAGCUACUUUCACCAGUUCGGUCGAAACAAGGCUCAAAGAAGUUUGGAGAGGACAAGAAGCAAGCAAAGCAUCGAUUGAUUGCUGAUGAGAACAGUGGGGGCUUUCCUAAUGUUAAAAACAACAUGGUUUGUGAGAAGAAGCCUGAUAUGAGAUCUCCCGGAUUGGUUGCUAGGCUCAUGGGGCUGGAAUCUAUGCCAGUAUUGCCACGGGAUAGGCCAAAGAAGGUGUCGUUGGAUGGAACUGGGUGUGGUAAAGGAGAGAAACUUGGUAAUGAUACAGACAAGUCUGAAGGGGAAGAGCGAAAGUUUGGAAAAAUGGGGGCGAAGCAAGAAUUUAGGCCUCGGAAGUUUGACAAUAUGGGACCGAGUGAGAGACAGCAGGUUACUAGAUUUGGAACUGAGGUGUUGCAAAUAAAGAGUAUGUUAUCGCAACCUAGGAAGAACCAAGCAAAGCUUGCUUCUCCCGUAGUAAUUCCUAGAAAUGUGUCAGCAAGAAAUGCAUCUUGGUUGGCGGGUGCUGCAGCUAGGAUUUUGGAGCCCGGGCUGCAGAGGAGUAGGACGAAAACUGCGCUACCUUACACGAACACUUUGCAUCGACCUAAGCAAGAGGUAGUGUCGGAGGAGGCAACAGAUUUAGCACCAGACGUUUCAGACUGCUCUAUGCACUCUAUGGGCUAUUCCAACACAGCGAAACAUUCAUGUAAAAAUUGUGGUAAUUCUCUUGACAUUAUUGACUACAGAGCAGAUCGAGAAGAAGAACCAUCCACAAUUCAUUCACCUGUUUCAAAUUGCACCGAACGUCAUCAAGUUUCAAAAAGAAGUAUGCCAAGAGGACACAUGUUUUCCACUCAAGAACAAAAUGGAAGGCAGUGCCCUCUGUAUUCUGCUGCGGUAGUAAUGGAUGUAUCGUACUCUACAGAACCCGAAUUCAAGAAGAAACCGACUAACAGAGGUCUAACACCAGGGCAUUUGACCAGCCAAGGGCGGAAGUUACCAAAUAAUGGUUCACCUCUUGGCCUAAUGCACAACACUCAAAAACAAAACCAAUUGUUGCCAGGAAGAGAUAUAGUUCCUCCAAGGUUGCAAUCAAGGAGUUUGCAGAGCAAAAGAGUACCCUCAACGGCUAAAGCCAUCAAUGAGACAACAAAUUUUGUUGCAAUGAACAAAAGCUUAAGUGGACAGAUCCGAACGAUAGUGCCAACAAGAGCAGAUAUCUAUAAUUUUGAAACAGAGAGAAGAUUUCAUAAUAGAAGUGAUUCCUUGUCAACAGUUCAAAAGAGAAGGUUAAUGAAUACUAGAGAAGAUGGAAGAUUUUCCUUGUUAAAAGAAUCUAGUGGUGGUUCCAAUUCAAUGAGGCAAAAGGAAAUUGUACAUCCUACACGUCCUAUCAAUCGGUCUUGUACUGAAAGUAAAUUGGCACAUCCACAAGAACCUAGUGAAAUUUGCAGUAGACACAAAGGCAGUGACAAUAAAUCUCCAGUAAAACAGAAGACUAGGAUGCAUGCUGAAGUUAUGGGAAAGAUGACCAGAAAUAACUCAUGUUCUGAUAGUACUCCUGGAAAAUUGAUAAUGAAGGAAAGUAAUGGUAGUAAAUGCUCUCGUAAACCCUUUGCUUUGAGGGGAGACAGAUUGGGUGAAAUUCUGGAGCAGAAGCUGAAGGAACUGACUUGCCAUGAGGAUGAGUUUGCUGCAGGAGUCACUACACCAAGAAAAACUACUGCUACGAUUCUUCAGGAACUAAUUUCGGCAUUAACAGAAGAGACACAAAUUCACUGCGAUGAUUUUUCGGAUAAACCUAACAGGAAAAGUGGUCUUAGUCAUCCUACAAACAUGUCACAUGAAAAUACUUCCGGAAAAGUCCAGGCCAAAGAGAAGUCAGCCACAGAUUCUCGUGAUAUUGAUCACUUCAGCCCGGGAACUGUUCUUGAAGAUCCAUAUUCUUCAAAUGACAGUUGCUUCUCCAGCAGUCUCGAUGAAUGUUCAAGGGAUAAAUUGAUUGUUGAAUCUGUAGAUUUCUACUACGAAGAAUCACGUUCAUCAGAUCCCAAGGCAGAUCAUCUGGUCUCCGCAGCCCAUUCAACCACAGGGAAUAGCUGUGAAGUACUGGUUGCUGACCUUGUUAACAAUAUUCCCGAAGUUCUACAAAAAAUCAAUCUAGCUCACGGGCAUUUGAAAGGGAGCAAGCUAAGCCAUGCAAAGGAGGUACUUUUGAACGCUGAACUAAUGCUUGGAAAUGCAGCUUGGUGUAAUCAUGCUAUAGAUAAAGGCUUUUCUGUAACACGCUUUCUCAUUUAUGAACUCGAAACGCUGGAAAAUGCUAUAUGUAUGAGCUUCAACGCCUUUCUUGGUUUUGAGGAUGCCAAACAGGAGGACCGACUUAGAGUGUUUAUGUUCGAUUAUGUACUAGAGUAUCUAGACUCAAAAUUUAGUCGAUACUCUGAAUCGGGUUUCAGAGCCUGGACCAAUCUACUGCCUUGUCUGAACACAGAGAUGCUGGUAUCUGAGAUACUGAAGGAGUUGAAAAUGUGGAUGGCAUUAGCUGGGUUGAUCCCUGAUGAACUAAUAGAAUGGGAGAUGAGUCAUUCUUUGGGUAAAUGGACUGACUUUGAGAUUGAAUUAUAUGAGAAUGGUGUUGAAAUUGAUAGGGAUAUCCUCCAUAGUUUGGUAGAUGAAGUUGUAUUAGACCUUUGUCUUGCACUCUGAGCCAGCUUCAAGUGUACAAAUUUUAAUUACUUUGAUUUGAUAUUUAUUUAAUU